UUCUCUCUUCAGAGGAGAGAGAGAGAGAGAGAGAGAGUGACCAAAAAGGAGAAGAGCUGUAAUCACAUGGGUGCUGUUUUCUUGAUGGGUCCUCUCUGUUUAUCUUUCUCUCUCUAAUUCUUUCCUUACCGACAAUUAUGAACAAGCCAUAAAAGAAAAACCUAAUCAAAAGCUAAAGUCUUCUUCUUCUCCUUCUGGUUUGAAUACACGUCGGAAUUUUAUUUAUUUCAUCAGUAUUAUUGUUAUGGCCGACGAUAAGGAGAUGGCUGAUCCUGUAAUGGAUGGGAAUGGUGCUGUCACUGGUCACAUAAUUUCCACAACCAUUGGGGGUAAAAAUGGAGAACCCAAACAGACAGUAAGUUAUAUGGCUGAGCGAGUUGUGGGGACUGGUUCAUUUGGAAUUGUGUUUCAGGCAAAGUGCCUGGAAACUGGGGAGACCGUGGCUAUUAAGAAGGUCUUGCAAGAUAGAAGAUAUAAGAACCGUGAGCUGCAGUUAAUGAGGACUAUGGAUCAUCCAAAUGUUGUUUCUUUGAAGCAUUGUUUCUUUUCAACUACGAGCAAAGAUGAGCUUUUUCUCAAUUUAGUUAUGGAAUAUGUGCCAGAAACAAUGUAUAAGGUCGUGAAGCACUAUAGCAACACAAACCAGAGAAUGCCACUCAUCUAUGUGAAACUUUAUACAUACCAAAUCUUCAGGGGGCUGGCUUACAUGCAUACUGUUGCUGGAGUAUGUCAUAGAGAUUUGAAGCCUCAAAAUGUUCUGGUUAACCCUCUUACGCAUCAGGUUAAAAUAUGUGAUUUUGGAAGUGCAAAAGUACUAGUGAAAGGCGAAGCAAACAUAUCGUACAUUUGUUCGCGGUUUUAUCGGGCUCCUGAACUGAUUUUUGGUGCAACAGAAUACACUAACUCUAUUGAUAUAUGGUCGGCUGGCUGUGUCCUUGCUGAACUUCUUUUGGGACAACCACUGUUUCCUGGUGAAAAUGCUGUGGGCCAACUCGUGGAAAUUAUCAAGGUUCUUGGAACUCCAACCAGGGAGGAGAUUCGUUGUAUGAAUCCAAAUUAUACUGAUUUUAGGUUUCCUCAAAUAAAGGCACAUCCAUGGCACAAGGUCUUUCAUAAACGAAUGCCUCCAGAAGCGAUAGACCUUGCCUCCCGGUUACUGCAAUACUCGCCUAGUCUUCGUUGCACGGCAAUAGAAGCUUGUGCACAUCCUUUCUUUGAUGAGCUUCGAGAACCUAAUGUUCGAAUGCCAAAUGGACACCCAUUGCCACCUAUAUUCAACUUCAAACAGGAGUUGUCUGGAGCCUCACCGGAGCUCAUCAACAAGCUUAUUCCUGAUCACAUGAAAAGACAAAUGGGCCUACAGUUUUUUGCAUCACCUGAGGGCAUGACGUGAACUGGAGCAUUAUCGAGUUUUGCUCGUUAGUAGUUAACACGAGGUGGCUAAAUCAUCUCUAAGCGAGGGUAGCCCGACCAGCAGCAUAUCCUGGGCUACAAGUACACUAAAGGGCAGCAGCUAUAAGGUUGCUGCUACUACUACCAUUAUUUCCCUAUACCUUACUGUUUUCUGUUCGUUCUUCCUUUUUUGUGCAACAAUCUCCUGUCUCUCUCAGCAGCACCCUUUAAAAGGGUAAGAUCGUUUUGUACAUGUUUGGUAGUAACUGACGAGAAAGUUUCCAGCAGACGAAAUGUCAAGUGUAUUAAUAGGUAAAUCGUAAAUGUACCAAAAGAAGCAGCCGGAACAAGAAGGGUGCCGACUAUAUUUUUUUCUUUUUUGUUUGAUCUGCUUCUGUCAUGUAAACCUGUUUUUGAGGCUGAUGUGUACACGUUGUGAAAGAAUGUUGUUGCAUUGUGGUCAAGUGAAUGUAUUUACCAUGUAAGUUUCUCUGCA